AUGAGCUAUACAUCCAGCAAAGCCAAAAGGACACGAAAAAGUAUGGCUUCUUCCCAUCCCAUUCACCAAGCUAAUGAAAACAGCCCCUAUGGAGAUCUUACAAGAGAGGAAUUCUACAAGAAACAUCAAAUACUUCAUAAAGAAAGCUUCAUGCUGAACAAGAAAAGCAUGAAGAUUUUCACUCAAUCAUGGCAGCCUGAUUCCACAGCUAGGCUAAAAGGGUUAGUGGGAAUGAUUCAUGGCUAUUCUUCAGAAAGCAGCUGGCUGUUUGAACUAAACGCAGUAGCCAUAGCCAAAGCUGGAUACUUCGUUUGUGCUCUUGACCUUGAGGGCCAUGGAUACUCCGAAGGCUUACCUGGUCAAAUCUCCAACUUUCAGUUUCUUGUCUCUGACUGCAUCCUCUUCUUCAAUUCAGCAAGAGCUGAGCAUCCAAAAUUGCCAGCUUUUCUAUAUGGAGAAUCGAUGGGAGGUGCAAUUGCCAUCCUCAUUGGCUUGAGGCAAAGAAAUGAAUGGAAUGGUAUAGUUUUGAGCGGUCCUUUGUGUGGAGUUUCGAAUAAGUUCAAACCAUUAUGGCCAUUGGAGAAACUUCUCCCAGUGGCUGCUUUUAUUGCACCUUCUUGGAGGAUAACUUUCAUGAAACCUCCAGCAAGAGGGUCUUACAAGGAGGCCUGGAAGAAGCAGCUGGUGGCCAAGAGUCCAAACCGGCCGAGCUCGGGAAGACCACCGGCUAUUACUGCUCAAGAGCUGAUGAAAACUUGCAGUUAUAUUCAGAGGAAAUGCCACGAAUUGGAGGUUCCUUUGCUAAUUUUGCAUGGGGAAGAUGACAGGAUUUGUGACCCUGAGGCUGCUAAAUUUGUGUUUGAGUCAGCAGCUAGCAAGGAUAAGACUUUGAAGAUUUUUCCUGGAAUGCGGCAUCAGUUAAUUGGAGAACCAAAUGAAAGUGUUGAGCUUAUUUUUGGUGUAGUAAUUUCUUGGAUUGAAGUGAGAGCUGAAUUGGUUCACGUAAAUUAGAUUAGGCUCACUCCUUCGAAAUUCCUAAAGUUCCCCUGAUUGAUGUAUUUCAAUAAUUUACGAUAUAGAAAGUCCAUGAGAAUUACCGUUAUCUUGUUUAUAGAA